UAACGGCCGUGCACGCGCAGCGUCUUUUAACUGUGGAGCCCGAGAGCAGCGCAGCAGCGCUUUAUUAACUAACUACUACUACAGCUGGGCUUCAGACCCUCACAGACCCUCUCACUGUCUCCACACACACUUUUACACCAUGGCGGGCUGUUUAUCUGCGUUUUCUGGAUCGUGACCGCUCUGCUACAGAAUUGGACGUGUUUCUCUGGUUCUUUGGACGGCUGGACUCAAUCAAAUGACACUUGCGGUGAUUAUUUCUUAGCGUCUGAGGAAAAUCUGCUCUGCGAGAGGAGUUCACACUUCUGAACUCAGCUAACUGCCCACAUCUGAUGAGUCUGGAGUCAGCAUCGGCGUUCCAGGCUUUUUCUAGGACGCGGGAAAUGGAACCACGAGGAACUAAGAUAGCACUGGGUUUCCAGAGGAGCUCCACUUCUGAUGAUGAUUCUGGCUGCGCUCUGGAGGAAUACACAUGGGUGCCUCCUGGUCUGAGACCUGACCAGGUCCAGCUCUACUUUUCCAGCCUGCCAGAGGAAAAGGUGCCCUAUGUGAACAGCCCUGGAGAGAAACACAGGAUCAGACAGCUCUUGUAUCAGCUGCCUCCUCAUGACAAUGAGAUCCGAUACUGCCAGUCACUCAAUGAGGAGGAGAGGAGGGAGCUGCACAUGUUCAGCAUACAGAGAAAGAAAGAGGCUCUGGGCAGAGGAACUCCAAGACUUUUACCUAGAACCAUGCAGCAGCACGUCAUAUGUGAACAUUGUAAAGAAAGCAUCAGUGCUGGGGAAAUGGCAGUGUUUGCCUCGAGGGCUGGCUCCGGACCUUGCUGGCACCCAGCGUGCUUCAGCUGCUCUACCUGCCAUGAGCUUCUGGUUGACCUUAUCUACUUUUACCACACCGGCAAGAUCUACUGCGGGAGGCAUCAUGCUGAGCUGCUGAAGCCGAGAUGUUCAGCUUGUGAUGAGAUCAUUUUUGCAGACGAGUGCACAGAGGCGGAGGGUCGUCACUGGCACAUGAAUCACUUCAGCUGUUUCGAGUGCGAGACGGUUUUGGGAGGACAGAGGUAUAUAAUGAAGGAUGGCCGUGCCUUCUGCUGCGGCUGCUUCGAGUCCCUUUAUGCAGAGUAUUGCGAGGCCUGUGGGGAAAACAUAGGUGUGGACCACGCUCAGAUGACGUACGAGGGUGUGCACUGGCACGCCACCGACAAGUGCUUCUGCUGUGCCCAGUGCAAGAUCUCCCUCCUCGGCUGCCCUUUCCUUCCAAAAGAAGGACGGAUCUACUGCUCCAAGGCCUGCAGCCUCGGCGAAGACACCCACGCCUCCGACUCAUCAGAUUCCGCCUUCCAGUCUGCCAGGUCACGCGAGUCCCAGCGCAGCGUGAGAAUGGGCAAGAGCAGCCGACCUACAGGCCGCUACAAUCAGGUGCUGCCGUAUUUACCCUCACCAGAACACAGAAGCCCAAACCUUUGUGAGGACAGCUCUGAGACCAUGUGUCAUCAACUAGAGCAGCUCAGUUUUGCAGAGGAUCAUUUUUGGAGAGGGCGAGAGGAGCAGGAACCCGCAGAAGACCCUCUGGAAGAGUGGGCCGAGCAUGAGGACUAUAUGACGCAACUGCUGCUGAAGUUUGGUGACCGAGGAGUCUUUCAGCAUACAGAGGACACCAGGCAGGGGGAGCAAAGGGUGCUGACAGAGUUUGACCCCAGCAGGGUCAAACAAGACGUAAAGACUGGCAGCCAUAAUCUGGCCAGUAAAAAGCAUCAUACAGAUUUAUACUGGACCCAGUCUCAGGACGGUCUCGGAGACUCUGCCUACGGGAGUCACCCAGGUCCAGCCAGCGCCAGGAAGAUCCAGGAACUUGACCUGGACCAGGGAGCAGGGGCUGGAUUCUGGUCGAAGCCCAGGCAGUGGUACGAUGACUCUUUGGAGUGCAUUACAGAUGAGCUGCGGAAAGCUGAGCAGAACAUGGGCGAUUCCAUGGACUCUCUAGCCCUCUCAAAUAUUACAGGAGCCUCAGUGGACAGAGAGAGCAAAGACAGACAGGCCAACUAUUCCUUCCAAAGCAUCAAUCACCAGGAAGAAGAGGAGUGUGAUAAAAUGAGCAAUAUGGGCACUUUAAAUUCCUCCAUGCUCCACAGGAGUGCCAACUCCCUAAAGAGCCUCAACUCCUUGCUGGACAACGAGGAGAUAGUAGGACAAGAUGAGAUCGAGCAAGAGGAAGAAGAUGAGCUGGCAGCCUGUCUCGCAGAGGAGCCACCUUCUCCUUUGCAUCUCCCGGUUUUGAGAAGGACCAAGUCCCAGUCUCAGCCUCAGUCCCGAUCUCAGCAGGUAAAGUUCUCAGAGGACGUCGCAGAUAACGGAUACUACGGGGAACUGGCGAUGCAGCCUCCUCCAACCAGCGAGAGGACGCGCAGACGUACCUACCACAUGGAGGAUUCGCAAAGACGCAUCACCAGCCAUCACCGACACAACCACAGACGCCGACCAGGACGUAAAACCUGCUCCGAAAACGCCCUUCACCUGUCAGUCAAAGAGCGAACAGAACUGCACUACGGGACUCAGAUAACUCCCAGCAUCCCAGAGGCCAAGAAAGGAAUUCUCCUCAACUCUCCCGGACACAGGCCUUACCACCAGACCUCAUCAGACUACGCACUACAGAGCAUGGCCCAAAUGGAGCGCGCUCACUGCUUAUACGACGAGGAUGAAGAUGACUGGUGUUCCACCUGCUCAUCCUCGUCCUCAGAGUCUGAGGAAGAGGGAUUCUUCCUAGGCAAACCCAUUCCCAAACCCAGAUCCCAGAGUUUUCAUUAUUACACAGAAGACCGACAGACUCGCGUUACAGCGUUAUCUCCUGUAUACGGCUCACGGACCAAACCUAAAAAACGAGGCCACAAGGGCAAGAACUGCAUCAUCUCAUAAAUACAUCAGGAUAUUAUUCACAGGCCCUUAAACGAACUAUUUUACUCCUGUUACUGUGUUCACGUGACUAUAUUAUUUAUCUAUAUAAACAGGUACAGGUCAUAUUGUUCUCUCUCUCUCUCUCCCUCUCUCCAAAGUAUGGUGCCACUACAGACUAUUUCUAUUAUUUUUAAACACAGUUAAAAAAAAAAAAAAAAAGUCUCCCAUUAAAAUGGGGCUGGAUUUUUUUUUUUUUUUAUAGAAUUGUAUGACACGAUGUAUAGCAAAAGCAUUGUUAGUAGCCUAGAACCUAACUAAAAUUAUUUAAUAGAGCAAACAUUAAUGUAUAUUUGUUAAAUUAAGAUCGGAUUGCUGAUAUUUUUAUAUCCCAAUGUGAAGAACGUUCAACUAAUCCUUGUGUAUUAAAAAAAAAAAAAAAAAGACUAUUUCCAUCUUGGCAUUUUGCCAACCAGGGUUUUGUAAACUUUUUGAAGACAUUGUACUGUUUUUUCAUAUUAUAAUGGCCUCGUCACACAGCACGGUACCCUGCGUUUAAACUAACCAUACGAACUCAUACGUGUCAAUAUGCUUUAUCUCCUUUACAUAGACGGGGGGAAAGGCACUUAUUUUGUUGUUUUAUUGUAUACAUUUUAUUGCAGAUAAACAUUCUGUUCAUUUUUUUUUUUUUUUGACAAAAAAUGUAUUAAAGAUUUAAUAAAUAUUCUUUACUAUUUGAGGGUGGAUCAUUCUAAUAAUGGAUACAGAAAAUGAAUGUUUGCAUACACCAUCUUUAUUUCAUACAAAAAAGGACUGCACUGACAAAAAAGAAAAAAAAAAAAAAAAAAAAAACUAAA